UCCGGGAAAAAAAAGAGACCUUUCCGACAAAUCUUACUAAGGGACGAGAGGGGCCUCUUGUCUCUUUGGUAAAUAAAAUCUUUUUUGUCCAUUCGAUCCUGUAUUAUCAAUCUUUUUUUUUUCUUAAGAAGAGGAUUUAGAUAGCUUCUAGUUUUUGCAAAUUUUCCUUUGCUAGAUCGUUUUCGGUGCCGUUUCCGACAUCGUUUGGCCGCGACCGGGAGGAGGAGGAGGAGGAGGUUAGGGACUUGAAAAGAGAUGUCUUCCGAGGGGAAAAAGAAGAAGGUCGCCAUCGCGGCUGUCAGCUCGUUGAUCCUGGUGGUCGCCGCCGUCGCGGUGAUCGCUGGCGUCAGCAAGAGCUCGGGCGGGGCCGAGGCCCCCCAGGGCGAGACCAAGCAGGUCUCCGCCUCCAUGAAGGCCAUCCAGGCCAUGUGCCAGCCGACCGACUACAAGGAGGCGUGCGUCCAGAGCCUUGAGACCGCCGGGCCGAAUGUGACUGACCCUAAGGAGCUCAUCAAGGCCGGGUUCAAUGUCGCCAUGAAGAAGAUCUCCGAGGCGGCCGAGAAGUCGGUCACCUUGAAGAAGCUCGCCAACGACCCUAGGACCUCGCAGGCCCUCCAGAACUGCAAGGAGCUGAUGGAGUACGCCAUCGACGACCUCCAAAGCUCCUUCGACAAGCUUGGAGAGUUCGACGUGAGCAAGCUCGACGAGUUCUUGGCGGACUUGAAGACCUGGCUCGGCGCGGCCAUCACCUACCAAGAGACUUGCUUGGACGGGUUCGAGAAUGCCACCGGCGACGCCGGUGAGACGAUGAGGAAGACCUUGAACGCCACAGCCAUGUUGACCAGCAACGGGCUCGCCAUGGUGUCCGAGUUCUCCACCGUCCUCGCAAACUUGAACCUCAACUUCCUGAACGGCAACCGUCGGCUCCUCCAGGAGGCCGACGUCGAGGUCCUCGGGCACGGCGAGUUCCCCUUGUGGAUGGACCCCGUCAAGCGUAGGCUUCUCCAGGCCAAGGUCGGGUCGGGUCUCAAGCCGGACCUCGUUGUGGCCAAGGACGGAAGCGGCAAGUACAAGACCAUCACCGAGGCAUUGAAGGACAUCCCGUUGAAGAGCAACAACACAUUCGUGCUGUACAUCAAGGAGGGAAUUUACAGGGAGCAGGUGACUUUCGACAAGAAGAUGACUCAUUUGGUGCUCGUCGGAGACGGACCGACCAAGACCAGGAUCGUCUAUAACAGCAACUACGUUGAUGGUGUCAACACCUUCAAAACCGCCACCGUCGCUGUUCUCGGCGAACACUUCUUCGCCAAGGACAUCGGGUUCGAGAACGAUGCCGGCGCGAUCAAGCACCAGGCUGUGGCUCUCAGGGUCCAAUCCGACUUCUCCGUCUUCUACAACUGCCACAUGGACGGAUACCAGGACACCCUCUAUACCCACGCCAACCGCCAGUUCUACCGUGACUGCACCAUCUCCGGCACCAUCGACUUCAUCUUCGGUGACGCCGCAGUCGUCUUCCAGAACUGCAAGAUGCUCGUCCGCAAGCCGUUGGAUAACCAGCAGUGCAUCGUGACCGCCCAAGGCAGGAAGGAGAGGCGCCAGGCCUCAGCCAUCAUCCUCCAGAACUGCACCAUCACCGGCGACGCCUCUUACCUUCCCGUCAAGGCCAAAUUCAGGUCAUUCCUCGGCCGCCCGUGGAAGCAGUACUCUAGGACCAUCAUCAUGCAGUCCUACAUCGACGACAUCAUCCAGCCCGAGGGUUGGCUUCCUUGGAUGGGGGACUUCGGCCUCAGGACCAGCUUCUACACCGAGUUCGGCAACCGCGGACCCGGAUCUAGCACGGCCAGGCGCGUGACAUGGAAGGGCAUCAAGACCAUCACCCCGCAGCACGCCACCGACUUCACCGCCGGAAAAUUCCUGCGCGGCGGCACCUGGAUCCCGAAGUACGGCAUCCCGUUCACCGCCGGAAUGGUGGCCGUCUAAACUAGAAAUUCUCCCUAAUCUUCGUUCCUCAACAACAUAUUCUCGGGGGGUCUCCGGAGUUGUUUCUUUUCUCCUCGGAUGUAUUAAAAGCUCGGAAAUGAUCAAUGAUGUAAUACUUGUUACAGCUUGAUUUGGAGUAAUAUACUUCCGUUUCCGUGCCUCAUGAUGAUGAUCUUCACUCAAAAUUAGCAGCGUUUUCCUUGA